UCUUUCCUUUCGUAGUCUUUCGGUUUCUGGAAGGCUGUAGUUGAGGAAGGCGUUUACUUGCUUCUUGAUGACUGAUUCGUAUCUUUGACAAGUUUCUUGUUCAAGUUUUCUUUGAACUAAGUUGGUGUAGUUCAUAAAUUCACAUUCCAAGAUGUCUGAACAACAAAUGGAUUGUGCAUUGGACUUGAUGCGACGCCUACCUCCUCAGCAAAUUGAAAAGAAUCUUAGUGAUCUCAUAGAUCUUGUUCCAAGUUUGUGUGAGGAUUUACUGUCAUCAGUAGACCAACCCCUUAAAAUUGCAAGAGAUAAAUCAUUGGGGAAAGAUUAUUUGUUAUGUGAUUACAAUCGAGAUGGUGAUUCAUACAGGUCUCCCUGGAGUAAUCAGUAUGACCCUCCUCUUGAAGAUGGGUCUAUGCCCUCAGACAGACUUCGACAGCUAGAAAUUGAUGCCAACAAUGCGUUUGAUCAAUUCAGAGACAUGUACUUUGAAGGAGGAGUAUCAUCUGUCUAUUUGUGGGACCUUGACCAUGGAUUUGCAGGUGUCAUUCUAAUCAAAAAAGCUGGUGAUGGUUCCAAAAAGAUCAAAGGUUGCUGGGACUCAAUUCAUGUUGUUGAAGUGCAGGAAAAAUCAAGUGGUCGAAAUGCCCACUACAAAUUGACUUCUACUGUGAUGUUGUGGCUUCAAACUAAUAAAGCUGGAUCAGGAACUAUGAACCUAGGGGGCAGCUUGACAAGACAGAUAGAGCAAGAUACCCCUGUGAGUGAAUCUUCCCCACAUAUUGCUAACAUUGGACGACUUGUUGAAGAUAUGGAGAAUAAAAUCAGAAAUACUUUGAAUGAAAUCUAUUUGGGUAAAACCAAGGAUAUAGUUAAUGGGUUGCGAAGUACAACUCCCUUGGCUGAUGAGCGACAGCAAGCACUCCUUCGUCAGGAUCUUGCUGCAGCCUUACAGAGGAGACAAGCUAAAGGAGAAAGCCCAUCAAAUUGAACUGCAUUUCUCUCUAAAUAAAUCCACAGGCUUAUUUGGCUGUGACCACCGAUCAAGACUGGGACAGAGAAACAUCAUUUCGAGAGUUGCAGUGUUUUUUUCAAUAUUUUGAUGGGAUAGCUGUUGAUCAUGGUAAAUAAUACUUAUAGUGCACAAAUUUCACCAAGGACAUUGCUGAACAUUUUAUUUGUUUGCAAGCCUGAAUUUCACUGUAUUUAUGAAAUUCAUUUUGUUGGAUGGAUGUUGGAAUUUCAUGUGUGGCUUUUUUGGUUAAAUCUGCCUUUCCCUACAAAAGGGCUUGUGUGAAUAAUAUUUUGGAGCCAUAAAUGUUGGGAAGUAAUUUGCAGUUGUCUUAAAACGUAUGAAAAGUGGCCUCCAAUGUGUGCUACCGUGCUACUAAUGUGUGUGUACCAUGUACAUCUAGCAAACAGAGGCCUGUACAUUUUUUCAUGCGCCCUUUGUUAAUUUCCCAGUAUUCCAUCAACAAUAUUUUUUACAUAUUUUAUUAUUUCUAUUUUUAAUAACAAAUGUAACUUUCUAGUAUUACAUCUUCAGUCUUUGAUAAGAAGUUUCGUGGACUGUUGUCUCCUGUACUAACUUUAAGCUAAUUUGAAUGGACUGCAAUGCAUUUCUAUAAAAUCUAAUGAAAUGAAGGCUCUUUUGUACAUGUUUUAAAUGAGUCGAGUAUUUAUUCCUACUUUUGAGAUUCUGUGAUGAAAUUAUGGAAUGAAAGGGUUCAUUUCUCAGUUGAAAAUACAACCAGCAUGAACAUAGUUUUGAGAAGUUUUUGACAGCCAAGCCCUAUGUGAGCAAAAACUAAACUUUCGCUGAAUUUAUCAUUUACCUUCCAUAUUUUGUGAACUUUGCUUGCAUUGAACAUUUGCUCAACCUAAAUUUGAAACCUCUCAGCUCUCAGAUUUCCCGUUUCACCAAUGUUCAUUUUAUUGUAAUUACUCAACUGAGAUGAGUACUGUUGUUUUUUUUCCCUGUUGUGAUUCACAACAUCAACAAUGAAUUUGUUUUUAUUAAGAAAGGCUGAUCCAUGCAUAAUUAAGACAUGCAGACACAAGCAACCACUUUUAAAAUAGAGACAAGAGACGCCCUCUAGUACUAUUAUGAUGGUAAAAAUGUUUUAUGUAGAUUAAUUGUGGUCAUAAAUUACUGAGACUGUUGAUCUACUGAGGUCAACCAAAGCAGGAAAUGUUUGCAGUGAACUCUUUCUAAGAAUGUGUGUGUUUAAAUUGAAUGAAUUUAUGAGUCUGCAUAAAAUUAAAUUGAAAUCUUCUCACAGUGCAUUAAUCCUGUAUUGUAGUGUUUUGCAGCGUGGCUGUAACAAUGUUUGGUGCUUAUGUGUUAAGCGAAAUCUUUACCAACAUGGUUUGUUAUGGUUUUUUAUCUAAUUUCAUUGUAUUGAAGAUUUAUAUUAUGUUAUUGAUUAUUAGUAAAAUUUGCAAGAAUA